CAUUGAUAAGUGAUCCACGUGCAAAUGAUGAUUAUUCUCACAAAGUUGACUGCAUACAUCAGCUGGUACUAUGAUUUAUAAAACAUCGCUACAAAAACACUAAUUCUUGUUACAAUACCAAAGUCUACAGAUCUUCUGGUUGAAUUGUAUUUGCUGAAAAUAAAGCCAUGGCUAGCGUUGUGCAGAUUGUCAAAGUUGAAAAAGGAAAAGUAGUUUUGGAUUCAAAAUCACUCAAAAGGGUUUUGAAGGGCGAGAAUGUCGGAGAUAAAGCUGUUGCAAUCGUAUCUUUGUGUGGCGACUAUGGUAAAGGGAAAUCCUUUAUGUCAAGAAUAUUUCUACAAUAUUUAGGUUACUCCAAGGGGCACCGAACCAGCAAAAAAGCCACUGAUUGGUUGGACGACGAAAUUGGAGAAGAUUCUAUACAAAUGGAUGAACCUGGGAUAUUUCUGUACCGAAAAGUUCAUAUUGUGAAUAAUACUGCUGUAUUAUUGAUGCAAGUACAAGGAGCCUUUUCAUCAACGCGACAAAUAUGUAUUGACAUUUUUGCUCUUGCUUCAUUGAUAAGCUCUGUUCAGAUUCUGAAUUUACAAUCUCAAAUGCUGGGAAACGAUGUUGAAUUCUUGAAGGUAAAAACAUCGACACAACAAUUAAUUUCUUCGUUUAGAGUUGUGUGAAUUUACACUCUAGCGGUUCAUGUGCUGUGUUUGAUAUUGUCACCA